AUGGUUGCAUCAACUUCGACACAGGCUGCAACAUCAAACGCACAAACUCCAUCAGCACCAGUGCCAUUUCGAUGUUUCCCAACGAAUAAGGCGAAACGAGUUAGGUUUUCAGUCUAUAAACUGCAGGGUAUAUGGUAUGCGAUCUCAGCAGAGCGAGUACGUUCAUUUCAAGCACUUUUGGGUGAUUUAACUAGGGCAAUGACUGAUGCAGUUAAUUUGCCUCAUGGCGUUCGUCACAUAUUUUCUAUGGAUGGCUCCCAAAAAAUAAAUGAUCUAGAAGAAUUUACUGAUGGCGAAGGCUAUGUUUGUUCUAGUUCAGAGAUAUACAAACGAGUGGAUUACGAAAAUGCGCGUGAACCUACUUGGUGUAAUUCUUUGAACGGCUCGGCUUCAGCUGUUCCUCUUUUUUUUGAUUCUCCUAUAAAACAAGAGCCAAACGAUUUCGUAUAUCCCAGGAUUAUAACAAUAAUUCGAAAUGGAGUUAAACCGCGUCGUAUCGUCCGUCAUUUGUUGAAUAAACGCACUGCGCGAUCAUAUUUGCAAGUGAUACAAGAUUUAACAAUUAUUGUAAAAUUGGAUAGCGGAGCUAUUCGCAAAAUUUUUGCAAUCAGUGGCAAAGAAGUUACCUGCCUUGCUGAUUUCUUUCUUGAAGACGAUGUAUUUAUUGCAUAUGGAAAAGAAAGAAUGGGUGUUGAUGAUUUUUACGUUGUGUCUGAAGAGACAAAAAGAUUAUACAGCUCGCGUGGUCGCAAGAAUCGUGGAACUCCACGGCGUCGUCGCAUGCCAGCUAGAAAUGAGUCACUGCGUAACGAUCGAGUUGGAUGCAUAGUUCCUGAUUCUGAAAUGAGUCGUCAUUUGCCAUUGGUGCUUGAUAAUUUAUUACACAUUGUGCGAUUGAUAGGUGAUGGAAAUACAGCUUUAGUCUAUGAAGUUUUGUGCAAAAAAAGUCGUUCUCGUCUGGCGCUCAAAAUUAUUAGUCGAGAAAAUGCUAUCGGCAAGGAAGAUCUAAUAAAAUCUGAACUGUCUAUAAUGCAGAGAAUAUCGCACGAAUUUAUUGUUCGUAUGUUUGAUUACUGGCAAUUUGAUGGUUCUUACUACCUUUCUUUGGAAUUGAUUACGGGUGGUGAUUUAUUCGAGUAUUUGUGUCAUGCUCGGCGUGUUGAAGAACGUACUGCUGCGAGUCUUUUGAAAUGUCUAGCUUCGGCAUUAGAUUAUUUACACUCAAUCCAUAUUGCCCACCGUGAUGUAAAGCCAGAGAAUUUAUUGGUCUAUAAUUGUUCAAGUACUGGUAAUCUUUUACUAAAGUUAGCUGAUUUCGGUUUAGCAGUGGAAUUAACUGGUGAUCCAUUACUAGUGAUUUGCGGCACUCCCACUUAUGUCGCGCCUGAGGUACUUGCUGAAUUAGGUUAUGAUCAUAAAGUCGAUUUAUGGGCAGCUGGCGUUAUACUUUACGUUUUGCUUUGCGGAUUUCCACCGUUCCAAAGUGUUGAUGGGAAUCAAGAGCAGUUGUUCGAGCAGAUUCUUAGUGGUCAAUUUAAUUUUCCAUCUCCAGUUUGGAAUAAUAUAUCAUAUUCAGCAAAAGGCUUAAUUCAAGGUUUAUUGCAAUUAGAUGUUGAGGAGCGAUAUUCUGCCUCGCAGAUUCUGGAAUAUCCUUGGAUUCAGGCACGUUUCAAUUUCCAUAAUAGCUCUGGCAUCAUCGAUGAAGAAUAUGAAAAGUUAAUGGAAGUUGCUGUUAAAGUCACUGCACAAAAGGAGGCUCGAAAAAAUUUGUUACAAGAAAGUGAAUUCGAAUAUUUCUUUUCAAGGUUAAUAUAUCAUUUUGCUAAAAUAAAAAUUUAG